AUGGAUCUCCACGCGCCUCACACCGCCGCGGCGCUGGCCGACACACCCCAUCGCCGCCACCACGCGCACGAUCGGCUGUUCACGGCUACUACGGCCGGCGAACGUAACCCUAUCAUCACCCUACCCGAUGGCGAAAUUCGCGAGGAAGACGGCGAAAUUCGCGAGGAAGACGGCGAGAGCGGCGGGCCGACCGACACUACGACCCCGGACGCCCCGAUUAAGCUAUUCAGUGAAGGUAGUGAGACUACGGUAGUCGACGGUAGUAUAUAUAGCGACAAGGAUAGCGCGGCCGAGGACGACACGGACGCGGACGAGGCGAAGAAGAUUAGUGACAGCCCCGGCACGCCGUAUAGCGAGUUAGUCGAUCGCGGACGGCCUCUAGUAGCGCUCCCGGAGGACUUAGAUACGGACACGGCGUCAGGCGGCGCGAGGAACGAGGGCUAG